CGAGAACGGCUUUUUCCACGGAGGGAAUCUUGCGAGCGCUGGGAACUUUCAAGCUUCGUAAAGGCAGAAGGAACAACGACUCGAAGUUUUUUUUUUUUUUAAAGGAAAAAUUAGGCGUUUCUGCGGAAUUUCAACUACCAAGAAUUCUUGGGAUCUCUACCCAACCCGGUCCCAGUGGGGAGAAUCAAGGAACGCUCCUUUAAGUAAAGCAGAGCACGUAAGGAACCUCCUGCGCUGCAAAACAUCACUGCGGCGUGGAAAUGCCUUGGGGAGGCACCUCGCUGGGAAACUUCACGGGUGGACGUCGCUGCUGCCUUUUUAUUGAUUUAGAACAGAUUGAGAAACUCCAACAAACAUCUUGACUGAAAAUUGUAGCGAAGCAGUAUCCCGCGAACACGUUCUCUAGGUAUAGAUUCCUCUCCAGGUGUCCCACCAAUGAAAUCCUGACUCUCCCCAGCAUGUUUGAAGAUUGGUGAUAGAAUGGAAGUCCUCCGUCGUUCUUCUGUCUUUGCUGCAGAGGUGAUGGAAGUGUUUGACCGGACUCCCACUGACAAGGAGCUUGUAUCUCAAGCCAAGGUGCUUUGCAGGGACUACAUUCACUCCAGGCUCAUUCGGGCUGGAAUUGGCUGGAAUAAGCCUGAGCACAGCUCACCUGUUCCAGUUGGCAAGUUAGCAGAAGUGUCCAGCAUACUUUUAAGGUUGGGGGAUGAACUGGAGUAUAUCAGGCCCAAUCUUUAUCGAAACAUAGCACGGCAGCUAAACAUCUCUCUCCAUUCAGAAACUGUGGUGACGGAUGCAUUCUUGGCUGUGGCCACUCAAAUCUUUUCAUCAGGAAUAACAUGGGGUAAAAUUGCAUCUCUCUAUGCUGUGGCAGCAGGCCUUGCUGUGGACUGUGUGAGACAUGCCCAGCCAGCCAUGGUCCAUACCAUCGUGGACUGUUUGGGAGAGUUUGUGCGCAAGACAUUGGUGACAUGGAUGAAGAGGAGAGGAGGCUGGGCAGACAUAACAAAAUGUGUAGUGAAUACUGAUCCCAACCUCCGCUCCCAUUGGCUUGUGGCUGCCAUUUGUAAUUUUGGCCACUUUUUGAAGGCCAUCUUUUUUGUGCUCUUGCCAGAAAGAUGAUAUCUAGUUAUCAAAAGACGUUCCAUUUUCUUCUCAGUGACAAAGAGCCACAGUAAAGAAGUAAUGAGAUGACCUUCCUGCGCAAUGGGAAGCCUUUUUUCAGUUCAUGUCUUAUACCAAGCAUCUUUUGUACUUUGAGAUUUGCAUAGAUCUGUUCACAAGGCUGACCAAUGAAAGAACUUGCCACUCAGUUUAUUGUUUAUAAAUUGUGUCACAUUUUAUUGUACUAAAAACACAAGGAAGUUGAUUUGGAGUUGUGCAAAGAGGAAAACUGUAUCCUAAAUGUUUUGUAUUUUCCAGUUGUGCUUUUCAGUGUUAUUCAUUCUGGAUUCUAAAUUGUUGGUUAAUGAUUGCUAAAUAAAGGGAGGGGUUUCUCCAAUAUACUGAAAUUUAGUUUAAAUACCACUUCCUGUCUAAGAAAGUAAACUGGGAUUAUACAUCAUAUAUUGCCAAUCUACAUAUCCAUCUUUGUAUUUUCACACCCGAGGUACCAAAAUAUAAGGUCAUGUGAUAUUUUUUUAAAAAAAAGCUUGUUUAUGUUGAAUAAAAGGAUCCAGACAUCAACUGCAACAAUUUUUAGAAUACAGCAAAAAGAUACCCUAUUUGGAGCAUACAUUUUAAUGUGAGGUGCAACUGCCAGAUUACAGUAUGUGCUUUGAUUGUAAUCCUACUGUAGCCCAUAUAUGAUCAAGACAGAAGGAAAUCAAAACCUGCUUUGAUGCCUAAAUGCAAAUACAGAACUGUGUAUACACAAUGAAGUGUGUAAACAUCUUAAAGAUACUCCAACUCAUUUUGUUUCUUUCUACUUUGUAACUUACAGUGUGAAAAAUGCUGGUAAAUGGGAGUGGGAUUAGCAAUGAAGAUUAUCCUUGAAAUUUGUGAAAAACAGCAAAGCUUCAGGCUUCUGGUGUUAAGCCAUUGAAACAGAAUUUGAACACUGUGUAUAAUGAAAUGACACCUUGAAGAGGUUGAUUUAUUGUGACUAAAUAAAACACAACAGAGCAUGAAGAGCAUGUCUUCUGGAACUCUUUGUAAUCACUUAAUCAUAAUUCUGCUCUGGGUCAAGUGGUCAGAAGUUGAUCUUAGAUUUGUGGCAUCAGGAAUAUUUCAAAUGGCUAUCUAAAUGCCUUUCCAAAAAAGGAUAUAUUUGGGGAUUUUUCAAGUUUUUUUUCCCGUCUGAAGAUUCCAUCUGGACCUAGCCCGUUUUUUUAAUCUUCCUUCUGCAAGGAAGGAAAUGGAAUGAAAUUUCCAGGAGUGAAAAGUGAGUUCCAUUCUGAUGAAUAGAAAGCAGGACAAGGUCUCGGUUUCCUCUAUAGAACUUCUUUCCACCAUUCUAUGGUUUAAAAAGAUUUGUAUAUGCUGAUAUGUUUGUUGACCGAGUCCUUAUAAAGCCAAAAUGAUGCAAGGAUAAGGAGCAGGCUUGAAAGAUCCAUCACUAAGAGAAGAAAUAUAUAUGUUGGGUGUGGAAAGUAGGAGGACCCUUCAAAACUAUAUUUAGCAUACACUGAAAAUACAUAACAUUGUGGGGGGAAAUAGAAUAUUUCAGCUCCAGAGCAGAAUCAGUGUACAAUGCUACAUUUUGUGAGAUCUGUUGCCAUAGAUACAAUCAGAGCCCUAAAUAAAAAAUAUAUAAAGAUGUGGAAAAACUCUUAUGUUUACAGAAGACAUACCCCAAGAAAACAUGUGCAUUAAGUGUUCUUAAAUAUUAUACAUAUGAUCAUCAAGCAACAUGACAAGAACUAUAAGAAUUAUCCUCUGAGUUAAGGAACGAAUGGACAAAUAUAACAGGGGAUCUCUGCCAUAUUAGAUAAAGAGAAGCUGGAUUUGUUCAAUAUGCUUAGUAAAGAGCAAGCAAGUUACAC